UCCACAGGCCAUUUCGUCAAGUAUAAAAGGAGUAAAACGAAAACCCUAGUCUCCUUUAUCUCCGUCGAACUCUUUCUGAACAGAGAAAUCCGAGUCUAAUCCUUUGAGCAACAAUGGUGAAGGCAACAAAGGCUGAGAAGAAGAUCGCAUAUGACGCGAAGCUAUGUCAGCUCGUCGACGAGUACACCCAGAUCCUGGUCGUCGCCGCCGACAACGUCGGAUCGACUCAGCUACAGAGCAUCAGGAAGGGUCUUCGUGGAGACUCAGUGGUGCUCAUGGGAAAGAACACUAUGAUGAAGCGUUCGGUUAGGAUUCACGCUGAGAACACCGGAAACACUGGAAUCAUGAAUCUCCUUCCCCUUCUUCAGGGAAAUGUUGGUUUGAUCUUCACCAAGGGUGAUCUCAAGGAAGUGAGCGAGGAAGUUGCCAAGUACAAGGUUGGUGCUCCUGCUCGUGUGGGUUUGGUUGCCCCAAUUGAUGUCGUUGUCCAACCUGGUAACACUGGUCUCGACCCAUCCCAGACAUCUUUCUUCCAGGUGCUUAACAUCCCAACUAAGAUUAACAAGGGUACAGUCGAAAUCAUCACACCUGUAGAGCUCAUCAAGCAAGGUGACAAGGUCGGUUCUUCUGAGGCUGCCCUUCUAGCCAAGCUCGGCAUCAGGCCAUUCUCAUACGGUCUUGUUGUCCAGUCGGUUUAUGACAAUGGCUCAGUCUUCAGCCCAGAGGUUCUUAAUCUUACAGAAGAUGACCUUGUUGAGAAAUUUGCUGCUGGUAUCUCCAUGGUCACUUCCUUGGCUCUAGCCGUCUCUUACCCAACCAUUGCUGCUGCGCCGCAUAUGUUCAUCAAUGCUUACAAGAAUGCGCUAGCUAUCUCUGUUGCCACUGAGUAUACGUUCCCCCAAGCAGAGAAGGUCAAGGAGUUCUUGAAGGAUCCUAGCAAGUUUGCUGUUGCUGUAGCGGCUGUGUCUGCGGAUGCAAGUGGUGGUGCUGGAGCUGGAGCUGCCAAGGUAGAGGAGAAGAAGCAAGAGGUUGAAGAAUCAGAUGAAGAAGACUAUGGUGGUUUUGGUUUGUUCGAUGAAUAGAUUAUAUCUAUCAAGGUUACCUUUUUGUCGAUGCUAUAAGUGUUGCUUCGUUUGUAGUAUGAUGAUCUCAAUUUUCUUGAUUUUGACCUAUUCAGAUUUAUGCUAUUGUCUUUUUAGUUUGGUAAUGUUUCGUUUUUUGAGUUGUUUUGAUAAUUUCCUUAGUCUUCACUCUAUCUAUUUUCUUUGCUCGGUA